CUCCUGAUCCAAGAUCAUUCCUUCUAUUUAAACUGUUCUUCCCUCCCUCACAUCCACCACCAAAACCAACAUACACAACAAAGCACAAAUCACAUCUCUCUCUCUCUCUCUCUCCUCUCUCAAUCUCUAGCAAACACUCAAACAGUACUUAUGGGUUUUACCUCAAUUUAUGAGGAUACCCAUUGGUGGAUGUUAACCUUACCAAGUGUUCUUGAAACUCAGUAUCUAUCAGACAUUAUGGUCCUUUUCAUAAUCUUGGCAGCGUUUCUGGUCGGUGGUUUGGUAACUCGGGCUUUUUCGGGUGGCGGCCCGGCUUGGAAAAACGGCCGUAACAGAAUGGGCCGAGUCAAGAUUCCUGGACCCACGGGCCUCCCCAUUUUCGGCAGCUUAUUCAGCUUGAGCCACGGCUUGGCUCACCGCACUCUGGCUGCCAUGGCUUCCCGUGCUGCCAGUGCCAGUGUCGCCACCCAACUCAUGGCAUUCAGCCUCGGAUCCACCCCGGUGGUAGUGGCGUCGGAUCCGCACACGGCCCGAGAAAUCCUGACUUCCCCGCACUUCGCGAACCGCCCCGUGAAGGAGUCGGCUAAGCAGCUGAUGUUCAGCCGAGCCAUCGGGUUCGCCCCCAACGGGUCGUACUGGCGGCUCCUGAGGAGAAUCGCGUCAACUCACCUCUUCGCGCCGCAGCGCAUUUUAGCGCACGGAAGCGGACGGUGGCUAGAAUGCGCCGCCAUGCUGAAAUCCAUAACCGAAGAGCAAAAACUCCAUGGCUACGUAACCCUAAGGAAACACCUCCAGGCUGCUUCCCUCAACAACAUCAUGGGAAUCGUUUUCGGGGAGAAAUAUGAAAUGAAUAACGAGGAAAAGAAUAGUAUAGAGGUUGAAGAAUUAGUGAGAGAAGGGUUCGAGCUGCUGGGUGGUUUCAACUGGUCCGAUCACCUGCCGUGGUUGAAGCAUUUGUACGAUCCAUUUCGGGUCCAACAACGUUGUUUGGCCCUCGUCCCUCGUGUCCAAAGGCUAGUUAAGGCAAUAAUCGAAGAACACAAGAGCAAGAAACAUGUGGAGGAAAAUCAUGUUUCAGAUCAUCAAUCUUUCGUGGAUGUCUUGCUCUCCCUAGAUGGCGAAGAGAAGUUGGAUGAGGAUGACAUGGUGGCUGUUUUGUGGGAAAUGAUCUUUCGUGGUACCGACACAACAGCUCUUCUAACGGAAUGGAUCAUGGCAGAAUUGGUUCUAAACCGAGGAGUCCAAGACAAGCUUAGGAAUGAAUUAGACAAUAUUGUUGGACAAAACAAAACCAUCACUGAUGCUGUCAUUUCCCGACUACCUUAUCUCCAAGCAAUUGUAAAAGAGACUUUACGUCUACAUCCACCGGGACCACUCCUUGCGUGGUCCCGACUGUCUACCUCUGACGUUCAACUUAGUAACGGGAUGGUGAUCCCUGCCAACACGACUGCCAUGGUCAACAUGUGGGCCAUUUCUCAUGACCCCGCCUUGUGGGACCAGCCAUUUGUGUUCUCUCCGGAGAGGUUUGACCCUGCCGCCCCCGGUGGGAUGUAUGUGGACGUGAGGGGGAACGACUUGAGGCUCACACCGUUUGGAGCUGGCCGGAGGGUUUGUCCGGGGAAGAACUUAGGAUUAGCCACGGUGAGUUUAUGGGUGGCAAACUUUGUUCAACAUUUCGAGUGGAUUGAGAUUGAGAGUCAACCUGUAGACCUAAGUGAGGUUUUGAAGCUCUCGUGUGAUAUGAAACAUCCGCUAUUGGCUAAGGUUGUCCCACGAAAUUAUUGACGCCUAUGUAUUCAGGUUCCCUUGUGCCUUUACUCUCUGAUCUCAACCUAUCAACCUAUAUAAGUUGUGUGUAAUUUAACAUAAUUAAGUAAU